AUGUCGUCGACGAAGCAUCCCCAGAUCCAGAUGGUCAACGAGCGCGGCGGGCUUCGGGUUGGAGAAGCCAAAGUUGUUGUGGAUGUCCAUACGGUUUCCGGCGCCGCAGUGUUCGGAGGAGCUCCCGGAGCAGGCGAAGCCGCACUCCCUCUGGUUGACUGCGACGAUUUGAGCCUGGGAGUUGUUGUCGCAGUAGCAAUCUCUCUCCCGUACUCGACACCAGAAUGGCUAUACUUUGAGCAGAACGAGCUGCAUUUCUCGACCUUCAUGGUGUCGUCCGCAGUUGCUGGCCCUCUCAAUGUGCACUGA